GGCUGGAUUACUGUGGUUGGAUUCCGUUAUGCUAGUCGCUAGAUGUUAAAACAUUUUUAUAAUCUGUAUUUGUUGUCAGUUUAAGAGAGACCCCAAAAUGGCACAUAUGCACGUAUAUACGCUAUAAACAAUCAAACUAAGAAGCGAAACGACAUGUAGGCAUUAUAGCAUGUUGGCGAUCGUGUCUUCUGCGUGAGAGGAAUCUUUAGCACGGAUCUGUUGAGACUAACCAGCCAAUCUGCGUGACCAUGGACACAAUCAAUACCACAACCUCUGGUCUCUUCACACAGUCCUCCCGAUCGCCGGGCUUUUAGUGUUACUACGGCAACUGAAACCAGUGGUGAUGUCACUAUGUUCAUUUUCUUGGCACUCAAUUAACAGGAAGUAAAGCCCGCUCCAGCAUGGCGGCCCAGGAGGAGAGCGAGAAGUUGAUGGCGGUGGGAACAACCAAGAAGAAACCCGACUGGAGCCGCUUCGGACUGAGUGCCGAGCAGCAGAAGGAGUCUGAGAAGAAUUACGCUUCCACAGUCGACAGCGCUGAUGGGGGUUACCAUGGUGAUCCCGGUCGCCAGAACGAGAUAUUCCGUGAAGAUCAGAAUGUGUCCAAGAACCCGUGGUGGAAGUCUAACUUCUUCAUCUCGGAGCCCAUUCUGUUUGGGACGUGGGACGGCGUGUUCACUUCCUGUCUCAUCAACAUCCUCGGCGUCGUCAUCUUCCUCCGCAUGGGCUGGAUUGUUGGUAAUGCAGGUAUUAGUCUCUCCAUCUUGACAGUGGUCAUUGCCGUGGCGAUUGUUCUCAUGGUGGCCCUGAGUGCUGUGGGUGUGUGUGAGCGUUGUCGUAUGGAGAGUGGAGGGGUCUACUUUCUCAUCUCUCACGUUCUCGGUGGAAGAAUCGGGGGAAGUAUCGGUGUUAUCUACUGCUUUGCACAGUCGGUGAGCUGCUCUCUUGGAGUGAUGGGUUUCGGUGAGUCCAUCAUGGAGCUCAUUGGUCAGUCAAAUCCUUGGAUCGCGAGAGCCAUUGCAGUGGGAGUUGUCUUGUUGUUGCUAGUGAUCAAUGUUGCUGGAGUCAAGUGGGUGAUCCGCCUACAACUGAUUCUGCUGCUGGUCCUCUUCUUGUCCUGCAUGGAUCUCGUAGUGGGAUCCUUUGUCCAUGUUGAUCCAGAAAAUGGUGUAACUGGGUACAGUGAGUUUAACUUCCUCAACAAUUCAGGGCCGAAUUUCAUCGAGGGAGAGAAUUUCUUCAGUAUAUUUGGCUUGUUUUUCUCGACCGUAACAGGAAUUCUUGCUGGGAUCAACAUGAGUGGUGAUCUCAAGGACCCAUUCCACAACAUUCCUAAGGGGACCCUAGCAGCCCUUAGUUUCUCGACAUUCCUGUACAUAGCAUUUAUACUUGUCCUGGGCUCCACCUGCACACGUUCGUUUCUUCUAGGAGACUACAUGAUAGCAGAGAAGGUGUCUAUUGUUGGCGUUCUCUGGUUGGCUGGUUUAUACCUGUCAUCAGUGUCUGCCUGCAUGGGAAGUUUGUAUGGACCUCCAAGAAUUCUUCAGUCGAUUGCCAAUGAGAAGACCAUUCCAAUUAUACGGGUUCUAGGACAUGGGAGAGGCCCUAACAAGGUUCCAGUGUAUGCGUUAAUCGUAAUAACAAUAGUUGUUCUGCUCUUUAUCUGUGUGGGCAAUGUGAACACACUAGCUCCCGUGGUAACCACCGCCUUCAUGAUCACCUACGCAGCUAUAGACUAUUCGUACUUCGUGCUCGCAAUGAGUUACGACCGCCGCCAGGAACGGGAAGACCGGUUCUCUCAGAAUCUCACGAAAACCAGUGAAUACGGUCGAAAGUCGAGCGUAGGAAGUGAUCUCUCAAACGGAACAUUAGUUUACGGGUCGUCGACGAAGGGUGUCGAUACGGCCACACACAAAGACUCGUUUCAGAAGCUGGCCUCCGAUCUGGAUAAACUGUUUCCUGAGCGCUUGUCACAGCGUGGGCAACACCAUCUGGUGAGACAGAGCAGCUUUAACACGGGGAGCAAUGUCACCACACCGGAGGCGGACUUUGACGCUACGAAAAGAAAAUUGUCAGCAGAUUCUUUGGCAGCGAAAGGGGAGGAUGUAGGGGACACAGCAGAACUGUUAGGUGCUAAGAAACAGCCAAACACUGAGAUUACCCAGCAGCCUCGAUCCUGGUAUUCCUUCUUCUGUAACAGGUGGAUCUCUCUGUUUGGGACGGUCAGCUGUUUGGUGAUAAUGUUUACCAUCCAGUGGAUGUACGCUCUUGGAGAACUGUUGGCCUUCUUUGUAGUUUACUUUUACAUUGGCAAGGCCAGUCCAGGCUACUUCCCAGGGAUAGCAGAGUUUAACUUUUAUGAGUGGAUGAAACAUGGCUUCAGGAAAUGUUGCAGGAUUGGACCCACGACACCAGAACAAAUUAUUGUUGCCCCCAAAACUCCCGCAGUGCAGACACUUGCAGCUCAACUGACUUGCGAUAACGAGGACUUCGCUAGUCGGGGUCGCUACCACCAGACGGAAGUUGUCCAGGGUCAACAUUUUGACAAUUAUGAUAGUGACUGAUUCAUCAAGCAUCAUGUUCCUUGAACUACUGGGAUUUUAACUAAUUGCAUAGGCUUGCUGGACUAGAGUUUUACAAAUAUGGAUGAAGAGCUCUAACUGACAGGGAAAUUAAAAUAAGUACAAUUACAAUGUCUUACGUUCUGAUGCUGCACCUUUCAGAGAAAAGGGGAAAAAAUAUGUUCUUGUUAAAUUUUUCAGUUGAAUGAAAAAACAAAACAAAUACACAAGUUAUAAUUAUUUGUUCACAGAUGAGAGUCCAUACACUUUGUUAUCAUCCAAAUGAAAUGGCUUUUUAAAGGCAGUUAAUCUGAAACCUAAUCCUCAUUAUUCAGUAAAUUCAGUGUAGUUUCAAUACAUACAAUUCUUAUUAAAAUAUGGUGCAUAUU